AUCAAAUCGAGCCUCCCCCUCCUCCUCCUCCCAGCGGGUCUCCCUGCUGUUCCAUUGCAGUGAGAGCUUCGGUGAAUCAGCGAGAGUCGGCGAGAGCAGAGCAGAGCAGAGCGGCAGCUGGCCAAGUCGCCCAGACGAGCCUUCACAGAGGACUCCAGUGUGUUUCUCGCCCCGGCACGGCCGCCUCUCCCCUACCUCGUCUCUGUUCACUGCGCCUGGAUUUCACCAUUCGAGCUCCACGAUGGGAAAUGAAGCCAGCUAUCCCCUCGAGAUGUGCUCACAUUUCGAUGCUGAUGAGAUUAAGCGGCUAGGGAAGAGAUUUAAGAAACUCGACCUAGAUAACUCUGGCUCUCUCAGCGUGGAGGAGUUCAUGUCGCUGCCCGAGCUGCAACAGAACCCGCUGGUCCAGAGGGUCAUCGACAUAUUCGACACGGAUGGGAACGGAGAAGUGGACUUUAAAGAGUUCAUCGAGGGAGUUUCACAGUUUAGCGUCAAAGGAGACAAAGAACAGAAGCUACGAUUCGCCUUUAGGAUCUAUGACAUGGACAAGGACGGCUAUAUCUCCAACGGCGAGCUCUUCCAGGUGCUGAAGAUGAUGGUGGGGAACAACCUGAAGGACACGCAGCUGCAGCAGAUCGUGGACAAAACCAUCAUCAACGCAGACAAGGACGGCGACGGCAGGAUAUCCUUCGAAGAGUUCUGUGCUGUGGUGGGCGGUCUGGAUAUACACAAAAAGAUGGUGGUGGACGUGUGAGCGCCCGUCCGCCGGCUCCGUCUCCCCGUCCUCUUCGACACUCGCUUACUCCGCCAUCUCUGAAGACCCGCUCAAGACAACGUCGCUCUGUCACUCAGAAGUAUUUUCUCUUCUCUUCUUCGUCUGCCAGAAACCAGCUGAAGCCAAUCUUCAAGUGUUACUGAACGGUUGAGUCUUGUCCACACGCGCCGGCUCGUAGCACUGGGGAAGACUCGCUGGAGCAUCUCUGAUUUGGUUAUUCCGUACUGGACAGUGGGAGAGAGGAGGGCCUCGCUGUUUUUAUUCAUGACGGAUAUAUUUAUUUUUCUUUACGACGGUCUGGUGAGCGGGAGCACAGCAGCUCCCACGGGCACGAAGCGCCAACCUGAUGAACAUAUCCACUGUACAGAUGGCCGAAGCCCUUUCCCACACUCCGACCGCUAAUGCUGCACUUCACACAGACGCACACAGUUCAGCUGCGAACCAGCCGUGUUUCUGCCCGAGCCGGACCAGAAACCGUCCGCAGAAAAUCGACCUGAAUCCCAGGUGGCGCUGCCUCGCCUCGCCUCGCCUCGGCUCGGCUCCGGGAUGAAGCGCAGGUCCACUAAAGUGUCUGCUCUAUCUGACCUCACACAUUGGCUUCUUCUUCUUCUUCUCCACUCCCGUCCACUGGACCGGGAGCUUUCACAUUUCUAAAAAUGAUAAAAUGAUCAAUAAAAAAAAAAGCUCUCCUCUGCUGGUCCGAACAAGAGUCAGAGUCAGUCAGAGAUGUGAACCUGGAGCGCCCCCUGGUGUUAACCCAAAGCUCUGCACGGCUUGGGCCUCCCUGUGCUUGCAUGACAUGGAAAUAUAUUUUUUAUUUCAUUUUUUUUUUUGUGCAUGUAGAUCAAUUUUUGAAAUAAUCCUCUUGUUUACACUUGGAUGGUGAUGUUAAUAUAUUUAAGAAUUUAACGAUAUACAAUAUGGAUGUUGCCAAACUUUGGUAAAUGUACACAUAUUAUGAGCGGUUAUCCAAAUGAUUUUUUGUUUUGUUUUCUAUUUUUAUCCGGGUCAGCUUGGAUGGUUGCAUAUCUGAUCCCGUCUCAAACUGCCACACUCUUUUCUGCUCGGAGGGGAAGGUUUCUUUUGUACAUACACGUUUGUUGGAUGCAGUUCUGGCUCUCAGAUGCGCUUUAGUUUGUAAGUGCUUCUUUCUCUCAAACAGGUUUUUUUUGUUUUUAAGUUUGUGUGGGGAGAUCUGGAACCAGAUUCAGUUGGAUUUGUUUUAUUUUUCCUUUUUCUGCAUGCUGCAUCUAAAUGCUGUGGGACUGUUGAAAACUUGAUACUGUAUGAAAUAAAUAAAAUUUAAAUAAACUUUGAAAUGUUGAAA